AUGCCGCCAUGUCCCUCCGGCUCGAUCCCCAUCUUCCUCCUCGCUCGAUCUCCCCUUCCCCUCCUUCUACCUAGCGCCGCCACCACCUCCCUCUGCAGCGCCAGACCUCCACCAGCGGCUCUCCUUCGCCCCGCUGCUCCUCUGUCUCUAACCCCGGCCAGAUCAACUCGGUUCCCCGAUGCCCUCGCCUCGCACUGGCAAGUGACCCUGCCGGAGUGCACUGCCAGAGUAACAGCAACACCACGGACCCCUCGCGCCCUUCUCCUUUCCUACUCUCUCUCUCUCUUUCUCUCUCUCUCUCUCUCUCUCUCUCUCUCUCUCUCUCGCAGCUUCUGUUCCCUGAUUACUUCUCUCAGUUACUCUCUGUUUUUUUCUUCAGGACCCAGUAGCCACCAUGGACGCCAUAGCGCAGCCCUGCCUCCAUUCCCGCGACCAUGCACCAGCCAGCAGCAUGUCGUGGGAACUACGCGCGCCCCUGCUCGAAGAAGUUGCCGCCUCCCCGACCGGACCUGGUGCCUCGCCGUCCCAGUGCUGGACCCGGAGGCCGCAAUUCUCGUCGGACCUCUGCCGCGCCCCAUUCAUCACGCUGCCUGUUGGCCCUCCAUUUUUCCUCGCUGUGACACGUUCGGCCAUGGACUUUUUGAGCCGUUUGCCUCCUGCACACGUCGUGGCUUCCUCCAAAUCCAUCGAAGGACACCGUGCAACAAAUAACCAAGUACCCAUGGAUGCAAGUACCAACCGUUGCAUUCCGUUUCAUCUUUGCCAAGGCCGAGAGUAUGCCAAGUACCACGACGUUGAUGCCCCUCAAGUUCGACUACAUGGAACCGCCAAGUACCCCUACGCCCGAAGAUGCCAAGACCAUUUCGGGAUUCACAAAGUACUGCUACCGUUGACUCGAACAUCUACGAAAAAGUGUACCUCUACCGUCGCCGAGAUCGCGAGAACCUCUACCGAUGACCUCGAAGCGUGUACGACGAUCAUUGUCGGAGACCCAUACCUCUACCGCUUCCAGAACAUGAAUGACUACUUCCACUACGACCGUCCCGAGAACGUCUACUUCCCCUUCAUUGCACCAAACUCGACUCGCUUCGAAAAUGCACCCUUGAAAGGUAUAUCCGCCGGAACGAUGUCGUGGACCGUAUGCAUGUGACGUGUUGUAUGAGAUGCAUGUUUGGAUGUUGUAUCUGCCCGUGAACGUUAGUUGUUCCCUUAUUGACACCGUCGUCGAACCAUGGGAACCCGGUAACCGGGAGCACCCCCACCAUCUCUUGCGUGUUCCACACAUCCGCACACUUGCUUCUUUUGCACCGAUAUCUCCGUGAGCCACCGGUACCGACUUGUUGUCGUGGCAUCAUUUUCGGAUUCGUUACCG